AUUGAUAGUUUAUAUAGAGUAAUAAAUAUAUAUAUAUAUAAACAAUGUCAGAAGAAAGUACGGAAGUCAUAGUUAAGAGUAUAGACAAUGAUGAUGGUUUAGAUAGAAAAACAUUAUUUGUUCGUUCUAUACCAUUUGAAGCUACUUCUGAACAAUUAUCAGAAUUCUUUUCACAAUUUGUCCCUGUUAAACAUGCAGUUAUAGUUAAUGAUAAUGAACAAAAAUCAAGAGGUUUUGGAUUUGUAUCAUUUACUGAAGAAGAAGAUGGUUUAACUGCUUUAGUUGAAGCUCGUAAAGCUAAAUUUCAAGGAAGAUUAUUAAGAGUUGAUAUUGCAAAAAGAAGAGAUCGUAAAGUAAAAGAUGAUGAAUCCAAAAAUUUGAGUCAUAUUUCAAAACCAGCUGCAAUUCCAGUAGAGAAAAGAAGAGCCAGAUUAAUUAUUCGUAAUUUACCAUGGUCAUGUAAGAAACCAGAUGCAUUAAAGAAGAUCUUCUCGAAAUAUGGAGCUGUUUUCGAUGCAUAUAUUCCUAAGAAGAAAGGUGGUCAAAUGAGUGGAUUUGCCUUUGUUACAAUGAAAAAACAAGCAGCUGCUGAAAAGGCCGUUAAAGAAUCUGUUGGAUUAAAGAUCGAUGGUAGAGAAGUAGCUGUUGAUUUGGCUAUUGAAAAGUCUAAAUGGGAACAGAUCAAAGAAGAUGAAGAGGAAGAAGAGGAAGAAGAGGAAGAAGAUGUAGAAGAGGAAGAAGAGGAAGAAGAUGUAGAAGAAGAAGACAAAGAUUCUGAAGAAAUCGAUGAAGAAGCCAAAGAAGAAGAUAAAGAUGGAGAAGAACCAGAAGACAAGGCUGAAGAAGAAGAUUUCCAUAAAUUAAAUGAAAUUAAUUCUGAUGACGAACCAGAAGAUGAAGAAGAAGAAGAAGAAGAAGAAGAAGAAGCUCCUAGAAAGAAAAGUAAUAGACAAGAACCAUUCUCAGUAUUUGUCAGAAAUAUACCGUAUGAUGCUGAUGCUGAAUCUUUACAAGAACAUUUUUCUAGAUUUGGUACUGUUAAAUAUGCAUUACCCGUCAUUGAUAAAGAGACUGGGUUAGCUAAAGGUUCUGCAUUCGUUGCAUUUACUAAUCAAGAAGCAUAUACUGACUGUUUGGAUAAUGCUCCAAGUGUUGCCAGUACUUCAUUAUUAAUUGCUGAUGAUGUCUCACCAGCUUAUGUUUAUCAAGGAAGAAUUUUAUCAGUAACAUCAUCAGUUGAUAGACAAUCAGCUGGAAGAUUAGCAGAAAGAAAUUCUGAAAAGAGAAAAGAAUUAUUAGGUAAAGCACCAAGUGAAAAGGAUAAACGUAAUUUAUUUUUAUUGAAUGAAGGUAGAAUUACAAGUAAUUCUAAAUUAGCACAAUUCAUUUCUAAAGCUGAUUUAGAAAUGAGAGAAAAAUCAUAUAAAUUAAGAGUUCAACAAUUAAAUAAAAAUCCUUCCUUGCAUUUAUCAUUCACUAGAUUGGCUAUUAGAAAUUUACCUCGUGCUAUGAAUUCAAAAGCUUUAAAAGCUUUAGGUCGUAAAGCUGUUGUUCAAUUUGCUACUGAAGUUAAAGAAGAAAAGAGACAACCUUUAUCAAAAGAGGAAGUUAAUAGAUCUAUUAAAUAUAAACAUGAUUUACAAGAAUUAGAUCCAUCUAAUUUAGUUGAAGAAGGUAAAGAAAAAGAUAAGAAGAAACAAAAACAUAUGGGAGUUGUUAAACAAGCUAAAGUUAUUUAUGAAGUUAAAGGUUCAGGAGAAAUUGGUAGAAGUAGAGGUUAUGGGUUUAUAGAAUUUAGAGAUCAUAAAGCUGCCCUUAUGGGUUUAAGAUGGUUAAACGCUCAUGAAGUUAUCCCUACAGAAAUAUUAGAAGGUUUAACCGAAGAAGAACAAAAAUUAGCCCAAUUAGAAGGAAUUAAUAAAAGAAGAUUAAUUGCUGAAUUUGCUAUAGAAAAUGCUCAAGUUGUUAGAAGAAGACGAGAAAAAGUUUUCCAAUCUCGUAAUAAAAAUGAUAAAUCUGAAGAUAAUAAAGGUAAGAAGAAUUUUAAGAAAAGAUCAAGAGAUGGUGAUGAUGAUGAUGAAAGUUCAAAUAAGAGAUCUAAAGGAUUUGAUAAGAAAGCCAGAAAGGGAUCUGCCAAAAAGGGAAAUAUGAAUAAGGGACCAAAAUCUGAUCAAUCAAAGGAAGUUAAGAAUAAAUCUGGAUUAAGUGAUGAUGUUAAAAAGAUUAUUGGUAUUAAACGUAGAAGAAGAAAAGGUAAGAAUUAGAUGUUUAUAAUAUAAUAUAAAUAAUAUAGCCCAUGAAUUAGCAUAAAUAAAUAAUUAAUAUAGAACAUACGAUUUGUUUAUGAAUAUGAAUAUGAAUAUGAAAAUGAAUAUGUAAAGAUGAUACUGUAUAAAAUUAUAUAUAAAAUAAGACUGAAAGAUAUUAUACAAAACAUUAGAAAACAAAAGGCAAAAGGGAAAGAAGAGAUAACUUAUUAUAUAUUUUAUUUUGAAGAAAACUCAUUCAUCAUAACUCAUUAUUGUCAAAUUAAA